AUGCUAAUGGUUGGAAUGUCGAAUAAUUUGGUUUCGGAGCCAGUAACUAGUCAGCAGAUUGCUCAAUUGGAGCCUAUUUCGAACAAAGUUGAUUCGUCGGGGAGACAGAUGGAAAUGGGGCUCUUGCAUCCUGUAACAAGUGAUUCAAUGUCACGGCAGCAGGGAACCUCAAAUGGUGAACCCAAGUCUCAAGGCUUACCACAAUCUAACCAGCAGAGUAGUCGGGUGGAAACGCAGGAUGGUAAUAUGGGAGUGCAUCGGCUGUUUCCCCAGAAACAAUCCGUGGAAACGGGGACAGUGCCGAGUAAUUUGGGGGCACGUCAACUGUCGGCAGCUCCUAAGCGGAAGGCAACAAUGGAGCUGCCUCCGGGUAGCUUCAUAACACCUAACAAGCGGGAGAAACCAACGGCACACAGAACUUGGACUCAUCAAUCAUCAAGCAAAGGUUCUCAACAGAUGCAAUCACCGACAAAUGCUUCUAGAACACAGCAUUCGGCAGCAUCUAGUAAGAGAAAAACACAAAUGGAUUCCACCUCCAGCAAACCCGGGACGCCUCGGUCCUCAAAUUCUAAAGGUCAGAGUGCACAGAUGAAAGAAUCCUCCAAGGUUCAAACUGAAUCAUCUGAGAGUGUUAGGUCCAAGAUGAGAGAGUCAUUAGCUGCUGCUCUGGCGUUGGUAUCCCAGCAAGAUAAACAUCUGGUCUCGAACGAUGACAAACCAAAUGAUGCGGCCAAUAGCUCUCAGUGUGCUGAAUCCGCAUCUGCAUCUGCUGACACUGCUCCAGAACAAAGGCAGGAAAUUUGUCAAUCGGUUAAGGACUAUGAAGCGGGAUUCACAAAUGUGUUAAACAAUGAAGAUAUGUUGAGUUCUGACAAGCAAGAUUUCCUGUCUAACUACACUUUGACUACUGAUGACGUUCCUUUCAGUGACAGUUUCUUUGUGAAAGAUGACCUUUUGCAGGGAAAUGGUCUUUCCUGGGUAUUACCUGAUAUGGACCAUAUGAUGGACAUGGAUGAUCAAAGGGAAAGUCAAACCAUGAUGGAGAAGAAACUGGAACCUGAGGAAACAGGUGGAGUUUGUAGGAAAGUGGUCCCUUUACCCGAACUUUUAGCAUCAAGGAUAGAAGCAGAGCUCUUCAAACUGUUUGGAGGUGUGAAUAAGAAAUACAAAGAGAAGGGAAGGUCUCUUUUGUUCAACUUGAAAGAUCGCAAUAAUCCCGAACUCAGAGAAAGGGUUAUGUUUGGUAAAAUUCCUCCCGAGCAGUUAUGUUCCAUGACUGCAGAGGAACUUGCUUCAAAGGAGCUUUCUGAGUGGCGGUUAGCCAAGGCCGAGGAGUUUGCUCAAAUGGUGGUUUUACCCGAUUCAGAUGUUGAUAUUAGACGCUUAGUCAGGAAGACGCAUAAAGGUGAAUUUCAAGUGGAAGUUGAACACGAAGACAAUGUUCCAGUGGAAGAGGUGUCUGGUGGCAAAACUUCUGUUGUUCGAAGGCAACCAGUUAAAAAGGACGCGAAAGCCACUUCUUCUAAACCCGGUGUAAUCAAAAGCGAUGUAAGCACUGACAAUGAAAAGAGCAACAUACAAACGGAUAAUCAAUUUUCCAUUACGAUUUCUUCCAAUGACGGGACUGAUCCAAUGCAAGGGCUUAUGACAGAUGAUGAUGCAUUGAAGGACCCUGACUUUCUUCCCCCAAUUGUAUCUCUUGAUGAAUUCAUGGAAUCCCUUGAUUCUGAGCCACCAUUUGAAAAUUCACCUGCAGAGUCUGGAAAGGCACCUACGUCAGACAAGGAUGUUUCUCGGGUUGGAACAAAAUCAAAAUCUUCAGAUUUAAUUCCAAGCGAGAAAGGUGAUAUCAGUGCUGAUAAAUCUGGUAAGCUUCAAAGCACAGAUGCUGAGGAAGAAAAAAAACUUAAUGCUGAAGCAGGGUCCAUUUUGUCUGAUACAAAAUACAGUGAAAUUCGAUCUGACACCAAGCCAACUGAUGGUCUUUCCCAGGAAAUGUCAAUUGAUGGCAAAAAAUCAACAUCCAAUGAUGCCGAGUUAAGAGCUAGUCAGUUUCAAGCAGAAGAGAGAUAUGGCAAGGAUAGUGUGUUGAAAACUACAGUUCCCAUUAAGGGUGAAUGCCUUUGGGAGGGAAUGCUUCAGCCAAACAUCUCAACCACUGAUUCAGUCAUUAGCAUCUUCAAAAGCGGCGAGAAAACUUCUACCAAAGACUGGCCUGGAUUUCUCGAGAUUAAGGGAAGGGUUCGGCUGGAUCCGUUUGAAAAAUUUCUACAAGAGCUUCCACAGUCAAGAAGUCGUGCCAUCAUGGUUUCACAUUUUAUUUCUAAAGGGUCAACCCCUGAGGAGCAAGUAACUCUCCGGGAGGUGGCUGAUUCAUAUAUUUUGGACGAGAGAGUGGGAUUUGCAGAACCUGUGCACGGAGUUGAACUUUACUUUUGCCCACCUCAUAAGAAAACAGUUGAAAUGCUCAGCAAGAUACUUUCAAAGGAACAAAUUGAGGCAGUUAAUUCUAUUGAUAAUGGUCUAAUUGGUAUUAUUGUAUGGAGAAAAACUAAUAUAACUACAUCAAUAUCUCCCACCACGCAAUCACACAACAAACAUAGCUCUAAAAGACAAAACUUGAGUAGAAGACAGCAAGAUACUAAUGCGAAUGCCAAUGCCAAAUCUGCCUAUAAUGCAGGACCCUCUAAGACCACCGAGAGUGAACCUCCGGGUGAUGACGCUGAUGACGAUGACGACGUUCCUCCUGGAUUUGGGCCGCCGGCAACCCGAGUUGAGGAUGACCUCCCAGAGUAUAAUUUUUCCAGUAGUUCAAAUCCAUCACACUUGGUUCAAAAACCUAUGGGAGCAAGUACAGUCCCAUCUAACUCGGUUGGUCAAGCCCCAUCCCGUCCUACUCAACAAAUGAGAGAACUUGUACACAAAUAUGGACAAAACAAAACACCUCCCGUAUCUUCAGUAAACUGGCAGGACAAAUUUAGGGGGUCAAUUCAACCCUGGAAUGAUGACGACGACGAUAUACCUGAAUGGCAACCUAAUAUGAACCAGAAUCAGUUUACUCCCCAACAAACAGUACAUAAUUUUCAUCCUAGACCUCACAUUAUGAAUCAACCAUUUGUUGGUCUACCGCAGCAACCAAUUAUGCCUACACAAUAUCUGCAACCCCCAGCGAAUGUGCCACAUGCCCAACGAAAUUUUGUCCCUCAAUGGGUUCCAUCUAUCCAGGGCAACACAAACAUACAACCAAGCAGUGCACCACCUUAUGGAACACCUGCACCAGGAACUCCGUGGUCUCAUCAUGUUUCUAGAAGUAGAGGACUUUAG